UCUCUCUCUCUUAUAAAAUCUGCUCUCAAUUGAGGGCAAGACUGGCUACAGAGGCGGCCAUGAGAAAAUCGGCGGUUCAAGCGGGGGUAGAGUGCUGGCGCCGCCGCUUCCAUGUUGGCUCGUUUUCUUUCUCCUUCUCUUCACUUACCUCUCGCUCUCCUCUUCUGAUCACGGCUGACCUCGCCGGCAGCGGCUGCGGCGGCCGAUUCGCCAAAGCCCUCUCUAAACCUCAUUAUCCACUCGGAUUUCUACGCUCUCAUGAUCAAUUUUUCAUCUCAAGGAAUAGUUCCAGCUCUCACGAUCCCCGCGGUGGACGAAUGGAGACGGAGGAGGAAGAUUGGGGCGUCGAAUGGGAGGAAGAAGAGUACAGAGAGCCCGUGAUUGGUGAUGGAGGGGAUGGAGGAGGAAUUGUGUUGGGAGAUUUGAAGUGGGGUGAACAUGCGUUGUGUUUGGCUCGUGAGAUCCUCCAUAGCUUUGGCGAUGAUUUUGCUCUUUAUGCGUUCAAGGUGUCUCCGAAAGGUUACAUCUACGUGAGGCUGGAUAAGCUUACGAGCAGAUUUGGGUGCCCAGACAUAGAAGAGAUCGAAAACUUCAACAAUCUCUACAAGAAGAAAUUAGACGAGGCUGGAAAAGCUGGAAAAAUACCUGCUGAUAUGGCUCUUGAGGUAUCAUCUCCAGGAGCUGAAAGACUACUAAAAGUUCCUCAUGAUUUAGAUCGCUUCCAUGAAAUGGCAAUGUGGGUCUGCUAUCUGACAGAGAACCAAGACCCCAGAAAUCAAAAGCAGCACACAGAUAAAGCUCUUAUUCUCGAAUCAAUUGAGGCUGAGCACUGCAUAUUUAAGCUUGCUGAUGUUAAGGAGAACAGAGCUGAGCUCGGUAAAGGCAGGCCAUUAAGCAGGAAGCAGAAAGACUGGAGACUCAACCUUCCAUUCAAAUCCAUUCUUAAAAUAAAACUCUAUAUAGAUUCCAGUUAGCUACCUGGAAAAACUUUCAGCGGAGAAAUCUUUCAGG